UUAGCCCGUUAGAUAGUUGUGUUUCCUGAUUUCGAAGAACUUCGAAGUUUGAACAUUCCUUUUCAGUUGUUUCUAGUUGGAAUAAAUAUUGAUCAGUGAUUGGAUUAGAUCACAGAAAAUUUAAAAAUGUGGAAGCUUUCACGUAUAAUGAACAUCAACAAACAGUUGUUAAACACCAUUCUUUCUUCUUCAUCGUCAUCUUCUCUCAAGUCAUCGCCAGUAAAGUUACUCAAUAUAACAAAAUCCCCAUCAAAAUACCCUAAUCUUCAUACCCCAGUUCUCAAUUUUCCCAGAAACCUAACUCCUAGGUUCUUGUUUUCUCAUCCCAGAGUCAUUAAUUUAAACUUCAAUUCAAACCCCACUCGUAGUUUUUGCUCUAGUUCUUCGCCUCACAUAGAAACUGAGGUUAAUCAAAAAUUCCUUUCAUCUUCAGAGGAGGUCACUGAUAGCAAACGUAGCACAGAAAAAGACCAUCUUCUGGUAUCAAUUCCAGUGAGGGCUUAUCACAAGUUCAACAGGAUUGAUUUAAAAGGAUUAAUGGCUGAGAAUGAAGACAAUUUGAUCCCACAUACAUCUGGAGAGAUCAAUUAUGCUGUUCUCAAAUUCGGCAAUGGGAGCUCUCAAACACCUUCUCGAGAUUCUGAGGCUAAGUUAAACGAGAGUAGUCACUCUUACAUGGUGGUUUUCCCAUAUGGAUCCACUGUAAUGUUUAAUAUGCUUGACGGAGAAGUUGAUAAGUAUCUGAAGAUUAUCAAAAGGCAUGCCUCAGGGUUCGCGGAAACGGGAAAGGAUGGGCCGUCUUUCCAGAAUUACCACAUCAAGUAUGAGGUGAGAGAAAAUCCAUAUUUUCCCAUGUGGAUGCAAGGUGGCGAAGGUUGUGUGAUGCUGCAGCAUUUGAAUACAGAUGGAGUUCGUGUGAUUAGUACUGUUCUUGGACAAAGUAUAGCUCUCGACUACUAUAUUCGCAAGGUUGACGGAGUAAUUGCAGCAUUUACAGAGUUACCUCGCGGAAGGAUGACAAUAAGUUCUUAUAUAAUGCGGAAAAAAAGAAUGUAUCAACUAGUUGGGAGAGCAAAUUGUACUCUUGCUGAAUUAGUUGUUAAACUUGGGCUUUUUAAGAGAUCGGAAAUUCUUUUAGGGAAGACCGCAACUACUCUCAGAUGCUGUAUUAUCUUAAGGAUCAAUUUGAAUUUAAUCAAAAAUUGGUUGGCGUUGAUUUUUACUUACGCUUAGUGGAGAGGUUUGUACAAUAUGUAGGAGCUGACAUGAUGCGGAAAUAUAUUCUUCUAGCUAAAGGUUUAUUUGCAAUAUGUUUGGGUCUGGUGUAUUACUUUUCAUCAGUCACUGCCUCGUUGUCCAGGUUAGCAAGCACUAUUAUGAGAAAAACAAAUACCGUUGAAGUUAACUAUUAAGCUUAAGAUUGUAACCAUAUCAUUAUGUGAAUGAAAGAAGAUUACCUUA